GAUUUGGAGUAUGAUUUUAAGGCUCAACACUUCUGAAAAACCUUCUAUGGAAAAACAAGGAAACCUAUUUAAAGCUGGGACAACGUUCAGCCAGAGGGACACCUUUAGAGAAUCCUGAUCUCUAAUGUCCAGACAGCUCCAUUAAAGCAUUAAUACAGUAGGUCCCUCUUCAUAUUGAUUGCAAUCAUUCUGGAAAAUGGUUGGAUUUGGACCUGCAGAUGUGCCUCCAUCGGCAGCUGUGAAGUUUGUGGGAGCAGGAACUGCAGGAUGCUUCGCUGACCUGCUCACCUUCCCUCUGGACACAGCCAAAGUGCGGCUGCAGAUACAAGGGGAGGCCUCAGCAGGGAAGGAGUCUGCAGUGAGGUAUCGGGGGGUGUUUGGCACCAUCACCACCAUGGUGCGUACAGAGGGGCCCCGGAGCCUUUACAGUGGACUGGUGGCAGGACUCCAGAGGCAGAUGAGCUUUGCCUCUGUCCGCAUUGGUCUCUACGACUCUGUUAAACAGUUCUACACUAAAGGCUCUGAUCAUGUGGGUAUCGGCAGUCGGCUGCUGGCAGGAUGUACCACUGGUGCCAUGGCAGUUGCUUUAGCUCAGCCUACAGAUGUGGUGAAGGUUCGCUUCCAGGCUCAGGCCAGGUCUGCUGGGCAGGCCAGGCGCUACUGUGGCACCAUUGAUGCUUACAAGACCAUUGCUAAGGAAGAAGGUAUUCGUGGUCUGUGGAAAGGUACAGCUCCAAACAUUGCUCGAAAUGCAAUUGUGAACUGCACUGAACUGGUGACGUACGAUUACAUCAAGGACACACUCCUUAAGUCCACUCCGCUCACAGAUAAUCUGCCCUGCCACUUUGUAUCGGCCUUCGGAGCAGGACUGUGCACAACAGUGAUUGCCUCUCCAGUUGAUGUGGUCAAAACAAGAUAUAUGAACUCUCCACCCGGCCACUACCACAGCGUCCUCAAGUGUGCUGCUGCCAUGAUGAGCAAAGAGGGACCACGUGCUUUUUACAAGGGGUUCAUGCCAUCUUUCUUACGCCUUGGCUCCUGGAACGUGGUGAUGUUUGUGACGUACGAGCAGCUGAAGCGAGCCAUGAUGGCAGCGAAUCACAACUACACCACUCGAGUGUAACCGUUAUUGUCUGUCAGAUGUUAUUGCACAGCUGUGUUGUCUACACGGUUUUUUACUUUUUGUUGCCUCCAAGUGCAUAUUUCAACCUGAAGUGUUGUACAAAUGAUGAUACUUAUACUUGAUACUUCUCUCUCUUAUGACCACUUUUAUCAGACACAGCAUAGCAACACAUGUACUAGAAUAGGAUCAGUCUUUCAAAGUUAGAGCUCGUCUGAUCAGGUGCUUCCUCUCGGCGGAGAGCUUCUCAGGAAACUGGAUUUCAAAAGUAAUGAUGAGGUUCCCUCUCUGAGAAGGAUCCUGGGACCGAGGCAUUCCCUCUCCACUCACCACUUUGUUGUACGAAGGGCUGAUGUGUAUGAAAUAAAAUCAGAGAAAGGAAGAUGGUUAUUUAUGCACAUGACGCACAAACCACAUAUCCUUCAAAAACCUCUCUGUUUGAGUUUAUAUAAAGUGCUUGAAUUUCUUACAA